GCUCAGGAUCUUGACUAAAAGGGGGUAGCAAAGCUCCUGGCUCAUCCUUUAUCGGUACUGACCAUCCCUUUCCUGACUCUCCACCUGUCUCUCAUGUGCCAUGUCUCCAUCUGCUCCUGGCUGCAGCUCUUCUGCCCUGCGCCUCACAGCUCCCUGCAGCGCGGGCCCCCACCCCAGAGCGACCUUCUGCCCUGACAGGACCAGAGCCUAGUUUGAUGAACAUUUCCUUCGGUGGCGGUGCCAGCUUCAGCAGUCUCUGGUGUUCGUUUCGGGUCUCUGUCUGCCUUCCGUUUCACAGCUACAGCGCUUUUUACAGCUGCGCAGUGAACCGGAUCAGAGAGCUGAUCUGAGGAAAAACGGUUUAGCCCCCAAAAAGGUUAUUUUAAGGGAAGAUUAGUUGUCUAAACCCACUUGCUGUGCAGUUCCAAAGACAGGUGACCUGUUGUAUCAGAAAGGAGGGUGUAGCAGUGGGAAUAAGCAGAGGGGAAGAGGAUCUUUUUCUUUCCACAACUGAAAAAGGUAGAUUGUCAAACUGCACUCUGAAGUAGCACAUAGAGAGAGGAUUUUUGAGAGCUGCUCUCCACAUUGAAGUCACAGUGAAAGGAUAUUAGAAAAGAAUAGAGGAGAAAAACAAAAAAAAACCCAAAAAACCCUUUCUUCAGCUUACCUUGAGCCAUAGUGAAACAGCCCGAAACCAGGCAGCUUUGAUUAUGAAGGGAGCACAGAGACCAUCCCUCAGUAAAUAUUCUCCCGUUUUUCCUCUAAUACAAGUUGUGUGCAUCUUGUAAAGAAGACCAGGGCUGUUCAGCCUCUGCAGGGACAAGGCAGGCUGGGAGGGAGGCAGCGCUGCUGAGAAAAUAUGAGGGGUCUCGUACACCGAAAGCUGUUGAGGAGGGGAGAUACCUGAAAGACAAGGGGAGGCAGGGCUGGCGGCUGAGGAGCGCGUUCUUGUUCUGGUGAGACUCUAACUGUGUUCCUUGCAUGCAGUACUCCUUUCAGGACAAGGGCUGGGGAGCGUCACUUGCUGAGAGACUAGUCAGAAAAUGUGAUGUUGUAAAUCGUGGAUUCUCAGGGUACAAUACAAGAUGGGCUAAAGUGAUCCUUCCGAGAUUGAUCAGUAAAAGUACUAGUGCUGAGAGUACUGUUGCAGUUACUAUUUUCUUUGGAGCUAAUGACAGUGCUUUGAAAGAUGUGAACCCCAAGCAACAUGUUCCUUUGGAGGAAUAUGCUGCAAACUUAAAGAGCAUGAUACAGUAUCUGAAAUCAGUAGACAUUACUGAAGACAGGAUUAUUUUGAUAACGCCACCCCCUCUUCAGGAGUCAGCUUGGGAGAAGGAGUGUCUUGCUAAAGGUGACAAAUUAAAUCGCUGCAAUUCCACCACUGGCCAAUAUGCCAACGCCUGUGUUCAAGUAGCUAGGGACUGUGGAACUGAUGUAGUGGACCUGUGGACACUGAUGCAAAAAAAUCAGACCCCUGCAGCACACGAACCUCUUACUGCAGAGUGAGAAAACUCCCAACUGCAGCAUUUCUCUGCAAUGAAAACACAAAAGCAAGACAACUUCACAGCCAGACAUAAAAAGGUUUCAAGCUAGAGGAGCAUUUCCAUGUAUUAGGUUUUACAGCUUCUGUGCAACUUUUGAUUUUAGAAGUUGUGUAUGUUGAACUCCUUGAUUCUGAUUAUGCAUCUUCAUUAUACACUGUUAAUUUUCUUUUUUAACCUGUUUCGUUAAUCUCAUUUUGUUCUCAACAUACUUGCGAAGUUUAGAUUUUUACUUACACUGCUAAAUGACCUACUUUAAGUGGAACAUACUGCAGUGUUUCAUUUUGUUUAAAAAAGACCGUGAUUUUGUCCAUCA